ACUCCUUGUAGCAGCAGCUCCAUCCAGCGCUUCUUCCUCUGUGUUCUAUGAGACUGAAGUGAAGAAUAGGGAGAGGAUCCAUGGCUACUGCAACUGUUCUCAGGCGCACAUUGACUUCUAGAGCUCAUAUUCUUCGUUGCUCUCGUUUUUUGGGUGGUGUCCGCUCUUCCUCGUUCAUUUCUUACCAUUCCAUCACCAUUCAUCAUUCCGUUCAGAAACACGAAAUCUCCCAAUCGAGUGCUUUCCUUCAUAGGGAUUUCCAGAGGGGCUUCGCCAAAGGGAGGAAGUCAAAAGAUGAUAAUGACACAGUUGAAGUAAUACCGGACAUUGGACCAAGUGUCAGACCUGCUGCUUCUUUACAGAUGGAAGCUGCAAUAGAUGCACUGUCACGAGAAUUAAGUAAACUGAGAACUGGAAGGGCUUCAGCGGGAAUGCUGGAUCACAUCAUCAUAGAAGCACAUGGGAUCAAGAGUCCUCUAAGUCAUCUUGCUGUUGUUUCUGUUAUAGAUGCACAUACUCUUUCUGUGACCCCAUAUGAUCCUGAUUCACUAAAAGAGUUAGAGCGUGGCAUUGCCUCCUCUCCACUGGGUCUAAACCCAUCAAUUGAAGGUCAAAGGCUCAUUGCAGCUGUUCCACCUCUCACAAAGGAGCAUGUACAGGCCAUGUGUAAGAUUGUAGUGAAAGCUUCUGAAGAUGUCAAACAGAGCAUUAGAAGGGCAAGGCAAAAGGCAUUUGACACUAUAAAAAAAGCAUCAUCAAGUAUGCCUAAAGAUGAUGUGAAAAGGCUGGAAAAAGAGGUUGAUGAGAUGACGAAAAAAUUUGUCAAAUCCGCGGAGGAUAUGUGCAAGGCAAAGGAGAAGGAGAUUAAGGGGAGUUAGCCGCAUGAUCACUUUUCUAGCAGGCAAAAUUAAUCUGUUGGAGAGGACAUUCUUAGGAUGCUCAAAGCCUAUGUCUUUCCAAGCCGGCAGAAACUUUGAGAAGCUGGAACUCGAGGAUACUGAAAACUUGGAAAGUUGGGGUGCGGAGAGGUUACGUUGACAAAAGAAAGAUUCUGUAACGUUUCCAGUUUUGCUCAUAGGUUCGAGCUUAUUUUUUGACAGGAGAGAGGGAGAGAGACUCCAGAAUUCAUAUUUUGCGUUAAGGACAUCAAUUGGGUCUCACCUACCUUAUACAAAGUCAGAUGGUGCUUGAUGAGCCUUGAAGAGCAAAGUUCAUGUGUUUCUUCUGCACCGAUCUUUUAAACACUAUGUUGCAAGACCCGUCCUUUUUUCUUUGUUCUAUGCGCGUGGGUGUCGUUGGUCUGGUGAAGUCGUAUGGCCUGAAAUUGGUGAAAUGUGGUUGUGCUAUUUAAAAGAUCCGACAGGAAGCUGUUCUGAAGCA